UCAACUCUAAUUAGGGCUACUUCAGGCACGAAGCGAAAUAACUAGAUAACUGCAAGAGGAAUCGUAAAUAUGUGUACACGUUUCCUUUAAGAUUCCCCUUCCCGGAUUGACAAUUGUAGCGGGUGUGACGUUUUCAACAUCUCGUCUGCUAAAGAAAAUAUGCUGUUCUACGCCUUCUAAUCCGGUGAAUUUCAACCUGGUAAUGAAAUUGUAACCAAAGAGGACAGCUAUGAAUUCAUAAACUCAAUGGAAGUGUUCCCGUCAUUUCAACAUCCACCCAAAAAGAACAACAGGACGUCUCGACAGGAACGUCUGGGUUUUGACAGCUUUCGACCGAAGUAGCAAGUUAUCAUUGCCCUGACUCUGAACCGCGAGGCAGUUUGGUAGGAUCAUUCAGAACCCCACACUGCGUAUGACUAGACUACAAUUGGACCAACAGCAAGCCUACCCAUCUCGCCCUUUCCUGGCCAGGGCUAAUCGCCACACAGUGACAGGACUGUCUGUGUCGACUGCUGCCCAGAUGCCCGGUGGAGGAUGCCUUCGCAACAGCUAGACAUGGAGGUGAUGACCCCCCUCAUCGAGAACCCUGGAGGAGUAGGGCAGGAGGAGGAGAACUCUGAAGAGGACCAGGAUCCUGAGCUGCUGCCUGUCAGACACUAUGAGCUGGGAAACAGCCACCAGGGCAUCACGUUUACUCAGGCUCUCAUCCACCUGCUGAAGGGGAACAUUGGAACUGGGUUGCUGGGUCUUCCCCUGGCAGUACGCAACGCAGGGGUCAUAGUGGGGCCUCUUUGCCUGGUGCUGAUGGGUGUGGUCUGUGUUCACUGUAUGCACAUCCUGGUUAACUGUAGCCACCACCUGUGUGAGAGGUUGAAGAGACCUCCCCUAGGGUACAGUGACACAGUGGCCUUCUCCAUGGAGCACAGCUCUUACCAGUGCUUCAGGAAGAGUGCCAGAUUUGGGAGGCACCUGGUCAACUUCUUCCUGGUGUUGACACAGCUGGGAUUCUGCAGUGCAUACUUUGUGUUCCUGGCAGAGAAUAUAAAACAGGUCGUUGAGGGAUACCAAGGUGUAAACAUCACCCUGGCAGUUGAAUCCCUGUCAUUCGCCAACACCUCCAUGGUGCCAGCCCUGGUCCCUCUACCCACCAUGGUGCCCUCUGAGCCCUGGGCACUGGACCUGCGUCUUUACAUGCUCUUCUUCCUGCCCUUCCUCAUCCUGCUGGUGUUCAUGAAGGACCUGAAGAACAUGGCCGUCCUGUCGUUGCUGGCCAACGUCUGCAUGGCCGUCAGCGUCAUCAUCAUCUUCCAGUACAUCACGACGGAUUUUGGGGACCUUCAUCGUCUCCCUCUCACUUCCCCCUUGGGCAAGUUCCCCUUCUUCUUCGGAACAGCCAUCUUUGCCUUCGAAGGCAUCGGAGUGGUUCUUCCUCUAGAGAACCAGAUGAAGGAACCGAAGCGGUUCCCCACGGCGCUGAACAUCGGGAUGGGUAUCACCAUCGUCCUCUACGUUGUCUUGGCAACGCUAGGCUACCUCCACUUUGGUGACGACAUCAAAGGAAGCAUAACCCUUAACCUUCCUCACAAUGCUUGGACCAAUCAGAUGGUGAAGAUCCUGUACUCCUUCGGCGUGUUUGUCAGCUUUGCCAUCCAGUUCUUCGUCCCGGCGGAGAUCAUGAUUCCCCCGGUCCAAGCGAGGCUAAGGAAGAGCUGGAGGGCACCCUGUGAGAUGAUCCUCAGAGGCCUGCUCGUCUGCCUGACCUUCUCCUUUGCUGUGCUGAUCCCUCGUCUGGACCUGGUCAUCUCCCUGGUGGGUGCCGUGUCCAGCAGUGCCCUGGCCCUGGUCUUCCCCCCCCUGGUGGAGCUCAUCACCUUCUCAGACCGACCGCUGAAGCCAGCCAUGUUAGUCAAGGACCUUGUCAUCGCAGUGGUGGGCUUCAUAGGGUUCCUGGCUGGGACCUAUGUCACCCUGGCCGAGAUCGUCUCCCCAGAAGAGCCUCCGGAGGUCAUCAGGGAGGCAGCUCAGAACCUGACUGUUGCUGCUGCUACUGCUGUGGCUGGGGCCUUGGGGAUGUCUGAGGAGCUAGGUGGGAACUGGACCACACCUACUGCUGCUGUGACCUUGGGAUGACCUUAAAAUGACCUGUAGUCAUAGCUCCUAGGGCAGCAGGAGAUUAAAUGACGAGCAGACAAUGUGUUCACUUACAGAUUGUUUUUCAUAUGGUUGGUGGAUCCUUGUUUUGUCAAAUCUAUAGAAAAUGAAAUGGACAGCAUAGUCCCUGACGACGAUCUGACAGGAAUGCUCGAGUGUCCUUCUGCACAGUGUAGUCAUUGGAACAUGAAAAAGUAGAACCAAACACACAUCAUAGGAAAGACACUGUACUGUACACAGCACUAACCACAUAGAACCCUUUCAUAUGGAUGUAAUGGACUGCGCAGACAUAAGAACAACAUUUGUGGCGCACACACAAGCGUAAACAUCCCCAGCUAGCUUAUCCCACUCAUCACCAGUUCAGCACGUUGCCCCGCAGUGAUCAGAGUUCUCUCUCCAUCUCCAGCUGAGCAGUGUGACAUUUCCACUGCCUCAUCUCUAUCAGAGGGGAACAUCUCAUCAAAAACCAAAUCAUGAAUGUAUGAUGUAGCAGGGAAACAAGAGUCCUUCUAUAUGCAGGUCCCACAGAACAUCAUCUGAAACCAGAUUCUCCUUCUUGUAUUGUUGGUGAUUCGGUAACCUCUGAUAUGGGUUUUCAACCCCAGGGGAGUGGGGCCUGUAGCCGCGAUCAAUUCUUAUGAUAAAUGUUCCCCCCUAGCUGUUUCGACUCCCUUCGGGCUGCCGCGCAGAUGAAAUAUCAGCCCACGCAGAGAAGCACGAGAUUGAACUCAACUUUCUACAUUUUUCCUCUUUAGUUAACACCAUCAACGUUUCACACUACUGUGGGAAUUUUGCUCGAAUCAACGCAAUAUUAGCCACUUUCAAUGUAACAUACCGAAACAAAACGAGCUAUGCAAGAUUUAGAAUGCAAAACUAACUGUGCAAGAGAUUUUCUUUUAGGCAGAGCACAUUGGAAUAGGAUUCUAUAGAAUUGACAUGAAUAACUCAGGCCCAUACGCUACACAGACCGGUGCACCAUAACCAAUCAGAGCUGCAGAAGGCCUAUAUGCAAAUAGCUAUUGCCAUAUAUGGAUCUGUGCCAUUCAGUUUGAACUGGACAGCAUGAGCGGUAUUGAGUAGAUGUUUUUGUUUUGAGAUCAAAGCGAGAGCUGCAUGUAGCCACCUUUGCACAUUUGUUCAUAUUCUUUGCUAGUUAGCGAGUUAUUAGCACAUUUUUUGUCAAUCAGGGAGUGGUUGCUUCCUACAUGAACACAAAAUGUAUUUCUAGUCAUCUUUGAAAAGCAAGUCAAGUAAAGAACUUUUUUUGUCUUAAAGGGGGAAGUGUUGUAUUUUGAGACGGUUUUGAAUAAGCUAAAUAACCAGAGGUUAGCAUCAUUUGUCUGAUUCUCUGUAAUAGUGGUUUGGGAAUAAUAAUCAAUUGUAUUUUGUAAAGUGGUUUCUUGCAUCAAACAACACAACAUUUUUAGUCAUCCUGCAUGUUUAAAAAAAAAAAGUCUCAUGCAAUGUACAUUGAACACCACACAUUGGCUGUGACUGUAGGCUGAAUGAUAGAACAGCUAUUUCCAUGUUAAAAUGUUAUGGGAUGCAUUUUUCUCCAUUGUUUUGAUGGUAGGCCCCUCUGGUAGUCCUACAUUAUGAUCAAAUAGCCACUGUAGCCUACUUGGCCACUGUUAAAAGUGUAACUUAAAGCGGGUACAGCUUCAGUGUUCACAAUAAACUCGCGCCGGAAAUUGCACAGAAUUUUCACAAUGUUCAAGUUUGCGCUCAGCAGACCUGAAAUUUGCUCAGUGUCGGAAGGGAACAUUGAUUAUGAUCAACAACAACCUUUGAAAAUCAGAUCUGCUGUUACGAUCCUCAAUUCUGGCUUCAACUUUGACUCAUCUGCCCUGGGCUCUUUGUGUACCUCCGACCCAAUCAUCUGGCUACCCAAGUGAAAACACAGGUGAAAACGAGGCAGGAGAGCGUGCGUCCUGGUGAGACUCAGGCGACGGGAAAACCGGCCUUGCAGCUUUGUCUUCUGGUUUAGUGUCUGUAGGAGCUAUACAGAUAGGAACACUAUCGAAAACCAAGAGACUCGGAGCCUUGCCCCUUCAUUCCCUGCCCCAUUUUCUAGACUUUUUUUGACUCCCCAAGUUCGAGCUCUACAGACACGUAGGAAUAACAUGAAUAUACCCUUUUACAGGCACAUACACUUUCUCAUAGACAAAUCAAUCAAGGCUCUUUCAUAUGUACAUUGUGAAGUUUAGAUAACAUUCUAGAUGCCUGCUGUUGGCAACUAAGAUGUGUUUUUGGCUACCUGUCUACUGGGGCUAUAUUUAACCAUGACUCAACCAAGACUCAAUUAUCAAAGACCUUCCAGGCUGCUCCCUGUGGCAGUAUCUUCCAACACAGCAAUAUGAUGUAUAUUUAUUUAUAGAUAUAGGAGAAAACAAUGUUUAACACUGAAAUGUCUGUCUGUUCAAUAAUGAUACAGUAGAACUCAGCGUUGUCAGGAAGGAAGCUUUAACUGAUGAGAGGAAACCCACUGGACAAAAACUGCGUAAAUCAAUGUAGUUUCCAUGUCAUUUCAACAAUGCAAUGUGAAUGUUGAUGUUGAACUGACAUCUGUGGCCAGUGGGAAGGCUGUGAUUGGCUUCCUCUAUGAGAUUGACAAUGAAAAGACCCACAUCAUUCCAUAUCCAUUGGUUUGUUAGUAUGUUUACCAGAGUGAGUGGUUGGUUCUGUCAGUGUAUCACAUGAUCACUGUAUCCUCUAUUCCAUUUCACUGCCUCUCAACCGAUCAUUCUACAUGAUCAUGUCAUAGCUUUAGGUGUCCAAUUUGUCCCUCAGGAUUUUCUAAAGUCGUCAAUGGUAAUGAUAUUGCUCUGUCCAUUUAAUCAGUAAUCAGUACAGGUCAUAUGCAGCGUCCGCACACUAGUGAAUUUAUGGUGCAAUGAAGUAACUACUACCUGGUAAUAACUCAACCUCCGCUCCCUAUUACCGUCCGCCGACCUCUGUCUGACGCUGCUACGUUAUAAAACCUUUAAUGCUCAAGUCUUCAUCAUGUCUCAUUUGUUGCUCUGCCGUUCAACCUAAGUGUCAGUGUCAGACGGUGUUAAGCAACGUCACAGGGCUCCAACAUUCUUUUCCACACAACACCAACGUCACAGGGCUCCAACAUUCUUUUCCACACAACACCAACGUCACAGGGCUCCAACAUUCUUUUCCACACAACACCAACGUCACAGGGCUCCAACAUUCUUUUCCACACAACACCAACGUCACAGGGCUCCAACAUUCUUUUCCACACAACACCAACGUCACAGGGCUCCAACAUUCUUUUCCACACAACACCAACGUCACAGGGCUCCAACAUUCUUUUCCACACAACACCAACGUCACAGGGCUCCAACAUUCUUUUCCA